GAGCGUCUGCUCCCGUCAGUUUUCGCUUUGACAUAAAGGAGAUCAGGUGUACUCCAUCAAUGGUCAUUGCGUUACUCAAAAUCCAACGGUCCUAGAUAAUCAUUUAGAAUUCUAAUGAGUCCCACUGAAAAAUUGGAUAUUAACAAAAAAAAUGAAGAACAAUAGAUAACGGAUGGAGAGCAUGUGGAUGCUGUCAAGGUCUUGCUCUUAUCAGAGAAUGAUUCCAUCCUCCCAAUUAUUUUCACCUAACUCAGCACUUUGAUCUCGAUUGGUAAUACUUAAUUCAUGUGAAAGGGCAAAAGAUAUGAAGAUGAAUGGAUAAAAUAUUUAUUCAUAGAUGAGAGGAGGAUCUCGGUGUUGAGUGGUGAAGGGUAAGGGGUUAAAAAAUUGAGCCAAUGAAGUAACGGACUGUCGAGAUAAAGAGUUGAAAUAGGUCUCAUGAUAGUAGGGACAUAGAUAUUGUUGGGUACAAUUUGAAUUCACUCUGAUAUUCAUCAGUGGCAAUAAUGGAUGGACCUUGUCUGGUGAAAUCCAUCAUGACACCUAUGGAGAAGCUGCGGGGUCUCAAAGAGAUAAAGUGGAUGAAUCCACGCGCCUCUCCGAAUGAAGCAUAUGCACCUACAUAUAUUGAACAUUGUGCCAAUAUAAUGACCCAUGGAAUUUGGAUUGUACCAGCAUUACUGGGGAGUAUUGAAUUGCUCAGGCGAUCUAUCACGUGUACCCAACUGAUUUCUGCAUUGGUUUAUGGAAUCGCCUUGCUCCUUCUGUUCUUAGUAUCUACUUCAUUCCAUUGUGUACAUUACUGCGAUCGAAGGGACUGGAAAGACGUUCUUCAUCGAUGCGACCGUGCUAUGAUUUAUGUGUUCAUUGCUGCUACCUAUUUUCCUUGGCUGAUGGUCGAGGACUUUCCCGACAAUGAAAUUGUUCCCACAAUGCGAUAUUUAGUGUGGAUUAUGGCGAUUAUUGGGAUAUUGUAUCAACAGAUGUUUCACGAGAGAUACAAAAUGCUCGAGACUAUUUUCUAUCUGAUUAUGGGAAUCAGUCCCAGCAUUGCUGUCAUUACUGUGAAUAAAUUCGACAAUAUAAGAGAACUCAAGACUGGGGGAUUUAUCUAUAUAGCUGGCCUCAUAUUCUUCAAAUCAGAUGGAAGAAUACCUUGUGCUCAUGCUAUUUGGCAUAUAUUCGUGACAGUUGCGGCGGGUUUUCAUUACUACGCCAUUCUAAAUCAUCUCUAUCCAUUUGUUCAGAAAGGACAUCCAACUUUACCACUGAUAGACUGGUUAGAAUCUCAUCGCGAGUUAUAAUUACGAGAACCAAUUUAGCUACUUCAAGUUCGAUUCAUUCUUUUAUGAUGAAUUUUUGAAAAAAACAUUGUCUAUCCAAUUUACUCUCACUGACCAAAAGGUAAUUUCCACGCAAUUGUAAAUAGGUGGAAUAUAACAAAAUGCAAUGACCGAUUAUUCAGUUCUUUUAAAAUGAAUUUUGUGGAAUAUUAAUUAUUUAUUCAUUUUUAUGAGUUAAUUAAUAGAGUUGACAGAAUCCGGAUGGGAUUUUUAUCGAGUCGUACUGGUAAUUUUAUAAUUAUUCGAAUCUCAUGAAAAUAGUGAUUUCCAUUGAGUACCUGAUAUGUAAGGAAGAUCAAGAUAACGAACGGAUUUUGGUAUUUUUUUUCUAUCUCAUCGAUUCAUGAUAAGAUGAUAAGUGUUUUUAAAUGAUCU